CUCGACGAAGUGACUUAUUCAAUACAAAUUUAUAAGAGUAAAAUAAGUAUAGGAUCGUCAUGAAGGCGAUAUGCAUCCUCUUAUUAACAUUCCUACUUGAUUCGGUUCUGAGUGGGCAUAUCUUAGGUGGUUACGGGGGAGGAGGAGGACACGGAUUUGGAGGUGGACACGGAUUUGGAGGUUUCGGGGGUGGACACGGACAUCACCACCACGUUAAAUAUAUUGUAAAGGAGCAUCCCAAAGUCAUUACUAUACCUCACCACGUGCCGAUCCCCAAACCAUAUAUCGUACACAAACCGUAUCCAGUAAUCAAAAAGAUUCCUAUACCUAAACCUUAUCCAGUACCUCACGUCGUCCACAUCAUCAAGCCAGUACACAAGGUGAUACCCGUCCCCAAAGUAAUUCCCAUCCACAAAUCAGUUCCAGUACCCAAGCCUUAUCCAAUUCACAAGAUCGUCAAGGUACCAAAACCCGUGGUCAUCCCCGUGCCAAAACCGGUAGCAGUACCUAAACCAUAUCCAGUACACGUACCAGUUUCCAUUCCAAAACCAUACAUUGUCCCCAUCCAUAAACAUUAUCCAGUACACAUCCCAAAACCAAUCCACGUUGUACACGAAGUGAUAAAAGAGAAACCAGUCAUCAUCAAGAAACCCGUUCCUAUCUAUUCGUCGCAACACUCGACUUUAGGUGAAGAUGGAGUUGGUAUGCCCCAUUUCCUUUUAAGAAAUUUUUUUUUCCAACGAAAAAAAAAGAUGCAACUCUUAGCAUUCAUAUUAGGAGUUAUUCUCGUGACGGAAAUCCGAUGCGGUUACAUUCAUCAUAAACCCAUCGUUCACGUCAUUCACAAAGAAGUACCGAUCUUCCAUAAAGUUCCCAUACCAAAGCCUAUUCCUAUACCAAAGUAUGUACCAGUUCCGAAACCCGUGCAUGUACCACAUCACAUACCGGUACCAGUGAAGGUUCCAGUGUACAAGACCAUCCCGAAGAUCAUCAAUGUACCUAAAGCAAUACCGAUACCCAAGAUCAUCGCUGUACCCAAGCCAGUACCAGUUGGAAUACCAGUACCCGUUUUCAAACACGAGCCAGUACCUAUCUACAAGCCUUAUCCAGUACCCAAACACGUGCCGGUACCAUACACGGUCAAGGUACCGAAAUACGUGCCAGUGCCAAUUCACAAGAUUAUCAAAGUGCCCAAACCCAUCCACGUCCCAGUUAAGGUCCCAAUCUACAAACACGUUAUUGUAAAGAAACCAGUGGAAGUACCAGUUCCAGUUUACAUUAAGAAACAUCAUUUCGGUGGACACGGAGGUGGAGGAUACGGCGGUGGAGGAUUCGGACACGGAGGUGGAGGAUUCGGACACGGAGGUGGACACGGAUGGUGGUAAAAUGUCACACGUACUGUACAACAUAGAUUCGAAUAUGGUUUUAAUGGAACUGGAGGAGGAGCGGCGGAAUCUGAAUUCCAUAACAAGAGCAACGCGUAUAAAACAAAAAAAGUAUAUUUUUUAAUGUUUUAAUAGACAUUUUAAUGGAUGGACGAGUAGCCGCCUCUUCUACCACAACGAAGUAUGUACAUAAUUGUAUUUCCUCCCGACUACCACGCUUACAUAUAUGCCACUGAUAUCUAACAGUGUUUUAAAAAAAAUGGGGUAGAUUGAGUGGCAAUGUUGUAUCAUAGCUACCAGGUAUGUGGGCAGACUUCUUAUUGUAUUUUUAUUUUCUAAAACCUGCUGAAUGUACAAAGCUCUUUUCAUAAAACUGGAGAUGUAAUUUUAUAAAUGUGUACAUGUGGAUACAAGCAAUAAAAG